GAGACACAGACACACACACACACACUGAACGCUCACUGACUGACAAGCAUCCGCACAGGUAUUUAUCUAAAAUAACCACAAAGAGCAGUUGCAGUCAUGAAGGUCAUCGUGGUACUCGCCCUCGCUGUUUUCACUGCAGGUUGCAAUGCCAACAUCAUGUGGCAAAACCAGCCCAAGAGCCACGUGGACCAGUUGAAAGAUGCUUUUGAGGACUACGUCGACAAGGCUACCGCCGGGCACCCUCUUAGUCAGAUCAGAGAGCUGGGAGCAAAAGUGCACACCCUCAUCACUGAGAGCGCAGACGCCAUCAACAAGCUCACCAACCCUCUCUGGACUCAGGUGGCUCCUCUGACCCAGGAGCUCAUGUCUAAGUUUACCCAGGAGGCGGAGCAGCUGAAGACCCGUCUAGAGAAGGACCUGACCUCCAUGGGACACAGCCUGCGACCCCACGCCGAGAACAUGGACGCCGAGGCCCUGAAGGCCGUCGUGCUGCAGAGGAGCCAGGAGCUGAGGGCGCAGCUGGACAAGAGCAUGAGCCAGCUGCAGGCCCAGAUGGUCCCCUACGCCGAGGAGAUCAAGGAGAAGAUGGAGCAGAGCCUGGACGAGUUUCAGAAGAGCAUGGUCCCCCUGACCCAGAGCUUCGAGAUCCAGCUGAACCAGAAGACCCAGGAGAUCCAGCAGAACCUGGCUCAGAGAGGAGAAGAGCUGAGGGCCAAGCUGGAAAUUGACGGCCAGAACCUGAAGAGGCAGCUGGCUGCUCUGUGGGAGUCUUAACAAGAUGUCCCAGUAAAUGGACUAGUAUCUCUUCUGAGUUUAUGGGACAAAUACAAAAGUGCAAUACCUCAUUUUUUUUCUUUAUGGAUGAAAGAUGCUCUUCAAGGAUUGAAUAUUUUCUCUGUCUGUGUUGCUGUUUACUAUAAGAUUUCACCUGUAACAAUAAAUUGCUAAAAUGUAUUUUCUUUGUGUUCAUCAGUUCAAAAAAGGGCUAUAAAUCAAGAAUGGAACCUCCUGUUUCACCACAUUUCCAACAAAUAUAUUACCAUUUAAAUUAAAAGUAACUUUUUGUACACUUACUCAAUACUCUGUCUCUGCUUUGAGUGGUGUGACCAGGAGCUAUUUUUAGCUAAUAUCUUCAAACCUCAAGUAGAUUUUCUUGUGUAACUGUAACAUCAAUGAGUCAGAUGGUCCCCUUUGCCAUCAUGCUCCACUUGUGCAAUUGAUACAUUUUUGCCACUCCAAGUAACUUGGAUACAAAUAAAUAAAAUGCAAUGUUUUGAUAAUAUAUCAUAAUCAUUUGCCCACUAAAACCCACAGAUGAUAACGGCAGUACAGUAUUACCAAAGUAUAUAUAAAUAAAGACAACAAUGCUCCACAUUCGCAAGGACGUUGAGGAUUGUUUUGUCCCCCAAA